CCGUGCAUAGGAGAUCCAAGACAGCAGAAGGCAGGAGCCGGCGGGACAGGGAGGAAGAGCGGCUCUGCCGUUUACUAUCUGUGUGACGCUGAGCAAAUUACACACGGUCUCUCUGACUCAGCUCCUUCCUGUCACAAAUGGGGAUAUUUAUAGUAUUUCUCACUACGUAGGUCCUUAUGCGCAUUAAAUGAGCUACUACACGGCAUUCGGCAUAGCGCCAGGCACACACUCAAUGUUCAAUACGUGUAGGCGGUUAGCCCAGUAAACUGGUAGCCGGCCUGAGUAAGUCCCAGGAAAAGCCCAGAAACUCUGGAGACAUUACAGCCCAGGUCGAGAACCAUGGCCCGGGCCGUCCCGGACGCGGGCCCACCAAGCCUAGGGAAGCCGCUCGGCACCGCUUCGGCUUCUAGACUCCCUGGCCGGCUCUUUCCCGUCAAGGCUGCGGCUGGAGAGGACUGAGGGAGACCUAGGGAGAGGAUUCCUCUUCUCCAUCCACGGAGACAACUUGGAUAUGAACACCAUGGAUGUGAGAAGGUCCGCUGGAAGCAGGAGGGAUGGACUCCUGGACUCUCCAGCUACCUGCGUGGUCCUCCCCGGUGUGAGGACACAAGACCGGUCCUGGGCUGGGCCCGCAUCCAGCCCUACCGCCGGUGUCUGAGGUGAGGAUUCCGUCAGCGGAAAGCGCUCGACGACGGAGGGGCAGGCAGGGCUGGGGGCGUGGUCAACGCGGGCCCCGCCCCCCGGGCUCUACCCCCGAGCGGACGCGCCCGCCUGAAGCAGCCAAUCAGGAAGCGCAGAGCAGGUUCAAACACAGACGGCGGGUGAACAUGGCGUCCUCGACUUGGUCUGAGAUGUGAUCGGCCUGCCUUCUGGUUGAAGAUGUGGCGAGUGAAAAAACUGAGCCUCAGCCUGUCGCCUUCGCCCCAGACGGGAAAACCAGCUAUGAGAACUCCUCUCCGUGAACUUACCCUGCAGCCCGGUGCCCUCACCAACUCUGGAAAAAGGCCCCCCACUUGCUCCUCGCUGACCCCAUCACUGUGCAAGCUGGGGCUGCAGGAAGGCAGCAACAACUCAUCUCCAGUGGAUUUUGUAAAUAACAAGAGGACAGACUUCUCUUCAGAACAUUUCAGUCAUUCCUCAAAGUGGCUAGAAACUUGUCAGCAUGAAUCAGAUGAGCAGCCUCUAGAUCCAAUUCCCCAAAUUAGCUCUACUCCUAAAACGUCUGAGGAAGCAGUAGACCCACUGGGCAAUUAUAUGGUUAAAACCAUCGUCCUUGUACCAUCUCCACUGGGGCAGCAACAAGACAUGACAUUUGAGGCCCAUUUAGAUACCAUGGCAGAGACAAACAGCAUAUCUUUAAAUGAACCUUUGAGAACAGACGAUCUGGUGAGAGAGGAGGUGGCACCCUGCAUGGGAGACAGGUUUUCAGAAGUUGCUGCUGUAUCUGAGAAACCUAUCUUUCAGGAAUCUCCGUCCCAUCUCUUAGAGGAGUCUCCACCAAAUCCCUGUUCUGAACAACUACAUUGCUCCAAGGAAAGCCUGAGCAGUAGAACUGAGGCUGUGCGUGAGGACUUAGUACCUUCUGAAAGUAACGCCUUCUUGCCUUCCUCUGUUCUCUGGCUUUCCCCUUCAACUGCCUUGGCAGCAGAUUUCCGUGUCAAUCAUGUGGACCCAGAGGAGGAAAUUGUAGAGCAUGGAGCUAUGGAGGAAAGAGAAAUGAGGUUUCCCACACACCCUAAGGAGUCUGAAACAGAAGAUCAAGCACUUGUCUCAAAUGUGGAAGAUAUUCUGUCCACAUGCCUGACACCAAAUCUAGUAGAAAUGGAAUCCCAAGCAGCUCCAGGCCCAGCAGUAGAAGAUGUUGGUAGGAUUCUUGGCUCUGAUACAGAGUCUUGGAUGUCCCCACUGGCCUGGCUGGAAAAAGGUGUAAAUACCUCCGUCAUGCUGGAAAAUCUCCGCCAAAGCUUAUCCCUUCCCUCGAUGCUUCGGGAUGCUGCAAUUGGCACUACCCCUUUCUCUACUUGCUCGGUGGGGACUUGGUUUACUCCUUCAGCACCACAGGAAAAGAGUACAAACACAUCCCAGACAGGCCUGGUUGGCACCAAGGACAGUACUGAGACAGAGCAGCUCCUGUGUGGCCGGCCUCCAGAUCUGACUGCCUUGUCUCGACAUGACUUGGAAGAUAACCUGCUGAGCUCUCUUGUCAUUCUGGAGGUUCUCUCCCGCCAGCUUCGGGACUGGAAGAGCCAGCUGGCUGUCCCUCACCCAGAAACCCAGGACAGUAGCACACAGACUGACACAUCUCACAGUGGGAUAACUAAUAAACUUCAGCAUCUUAAGGAGAGCCAUGAGAUGGGACAGGCCCUACAGCAGGCCAGAAAUGUCAUGCAAUCAUGGGUGCUUGUCUCUAAAGAGCUGAUAUCCUUGCUUCACCUAUCCCUGUUGCAUUUAGAAGAAGAUAAGACUACUGUGAGUCAGGAGUCUCGGCGUGCAGAAACAUUGGUCUCUUGCUGUUUUGAUUUGCUGAAGAAAUUGAGGGCAAAGCUCCAGAGCCUCAAAGCAGAAAGGGAGGAGGCAAGGCACAGAGAGGAAAUGGCUCUCAGAGGCAAGGAUGCGGCAGAGAUAGUGUUGGAGGCUUUCUGUGCACACGCCAGCCAGCGCAUCAGCCAGCUGGAACAGGACCUAGCAUCCAUGCGGGAAUUCAGAGGCCUUCUGAAGGACGCCCAGACCCAACUGGUAGGGCUUCAUGCCAAGCAAGAAGAGCUGGUUCAGCAGACAGUGAGUCUUACUUCUACCUUGCAACAAGACUGGAGGUCCAUGCAACUGGAUUAUACAACAUGGACAGCUUUGCUGAGUCGGUCCCGACAACUCACAGAGAAACUCACAGUCAAGAGCCAGCAAGCCCUGCAGGAACGUGAUGUGGCAAUUGAGGAAAAGCAGGAGGUUUCUAGGGUGCUGGAACAAGUCUCUGCCCAGUUAGAGGAGUGCAAAGGCCAAACAGAACAACUGGAGUUGGAAAACAGUCAUCUAGCAACAGAUCUCCGGGCUCAGUUGCAGAUUCUGGCCAACAUGGGCAGCCAGCUAAAAGAGCUACAGAGUCAGCAUACCCAUUGUGCCCAGGACCUGGCUAUGAAGGAUGAGUUACUCUGCCAGCUUACCCAGAGCAAUGAGGAGCAGGCUGCUCAAUGGCAAAAGGAAGAGAUGGCACUAAAACACAUGCAGGCAGAACUGCAGCAGCAACAAGCUGUCCUGGCCAAAGAGGUGCGGGACCUGAAAGAGACCUUGGAGUUUGCAGACCAGGAGAAUCAGGUUGCUCACCUGGAGCUGGGUCAGGUUGAGUGUCAAUUGAAAACCACACUGGAAGUGCUCCGGGAGCGCAGCUUGCAGUGUGAGAACCUCAAGGACACUGUAGAGAACCUAACGGCUAAACUGGCCAGCACCAUAGCAGAUAACCAGGAGCAAGAUCUGGAGAAAACACGGCAGUACUCUCAAAAGCUAGGGGUGCUGACUGAGCAACUACAGAGCCUGACUCUCUUUCUACAGACAAAACUAAAGGAGAAGACUGAAAAAGAGACCCUUCUGCUGAGUACAGCCUGUCCUCCCACCCAGGAACACCCUCUGCCUAAUGACAGGACCUUCCUGGGAAGCAUCUUGACAGCAGUGGCAGAUGAAGAGCCAGAAUCAACUCCUGUGCCCUUGCUUGGAAGUGACAAAAGUGCUUUCACCCGAGUAGCAUCAAUGGUUUCCCUUCAGCCCGCAGAGACCCCAGGCAUGGAGGAGAGCCUGGCAGAAAUGAGUAUUAUGACUACUGAGCUUCAGAGUCUUUGUUCCCUGCUACAAGAGUCUAAAGAAGAAGCUAUCAGGACUCUGCAGCGAAAAAUUUGUGAGCUGCAAGCUAGGCUGCAGGCCCAGGAAGAACAGCAUCAGGAAGUCCAGAAGGCAAAGGAAGCAGACAUAGAGAAGCUGAACCAGGCCUUGUGCUUGCGCUACAAGAAUGAAAAGGAGCUCCAGGAAGUGAUACAGCAGCAGAAUGAGAAGAUCCUAGAACAGAUAGACAAGAGUGGCGAGCUCAUAAGCCUUAGAGAGGAGGUGACCCACCUUACCCGCUCACUUCGGCGUGCGGAGACAGAGACCAAAGUGCUCCAGGAGGCCCUGGCAGGCCAGCUGGACUCCAACUGCCAGCCUAUGGCCACCAAUUGGAUCCAGGAGAAAGUGUGGCUCUCUCAGGAGGUGGACAAACUGAGAGUGAUGUUCCUGGAGAUGAAAAAUGAGAAGGAAAAACUCAUGAUCAAGUUCCAGAGCCAUAGAAAUAUCCUAGAGGAGAAUCUUCGGCGCUCUGACAAGGAGUUAGAAAAACUAGAUGACAUUGUUCAGCAUAUUUAUAAGACCCUGCUCUCUAUUCCAGAGGUGGUGAGGGGAUGCAAAGAACUACAGGGAUUGCUGGAAUUUCUGAGCUAAGAAACUGAAAGCCAGAAUCUGCUUCACCCCUUUUUACCUGCAAUACCCCCUUACCCCAAUACCAAGACCAACUGGCAUAGAGCCAACUGAGAUAAAUGCUAUUUAAAUAAAGUGUAUUUAAUGAAUUUC